AUGUCCUGGGGUGUCUUCCAGGAAUACUUCGGCAGCAACUGGACGCUGCAAGGCAGCCGCUCGGCCACCGGUGUCAUCGGCACGACGUCUAACGGUGUCAUGUACCUGUCCAUGCCGUUUCUGUUCGCACUUUUCACUAAGAGAUGGGCUCGCUGGCGCCAGAUUGCCGCCCUCUGCGGCGUGGCGCUGACGUGCGUGAGCUUCAUCCUGUCGUCGUUCAGCACGCAGGUCUGGCACCUCGUUGCGACGCAGGGCGUCCUGGCCGCACUGGGCGCUGCGCUUAUCUACAGUCCAACAACUCUGUCUCUCGGGGAGUGGUUUAACACCAGUAACCGGGCCGUGGCAUACGGCAUUGUCUUCUCGUGCAAGAACAUCGUCGGCUCCGUCUGUCCGUUUCUAUUCCGAGCUCUGCUCGACCGAUACGGGUUCAGGUUGACCUUGAAGAUUUGGGCUGCUAUGGUCGCGGGAAGCAGCAUUCUCGCCAUCGUCUUGAUCCCAACGCACCCCUCCAGCCUGAGGGCGAGCGAGCACCGCGCGAGAGGAAUGCCAUGGCACUUCCUCAAACACCGUACCUUCUACAUCUACAGCAUUGCCACCCUGUGCCAAAGCGCAGGCUAUGGCAUCCCGCAGACGUACCUCAACACGUAUGCCCACGAUGUCAGCGGGCUAUCGCAGAACUCGGCCACGCUCCUGCUCACUCUCUUCAACGUUCCCGGCAUAGCCUCGUCGUCCUUCUUCGGCUACCUCAGCGACAACAAGCGCUUCCCAUUGUCCACCGGAACCGUCACGGCCAUAUCCGCCAUCAGCUCUGCGCUGGCCUCCUUUCUGCUCUGGGGCCUGACAUCGAAGGGUAGCAUGGCGCUGCUCGUGCUAUUCUCCAUCAGCUUCGGCUUCUUCGCCGGCGGGUACAGCGCGACCUGGGGCGGCGUGAUCAACGAGCUCGAGCGCGAAGCCGCGCAGCGGAACGAGGCCAUCGACACGGGUAUGAUCUACGGGCUGCUCAACGGCGCCAGGGGAAUUGGCUAUGUAAGCGGUGGUCUGGCCGGUGUGCCAUUGCUCAAAGUCGGCAGCGGCGUCUCGAUUGGCAACUUUGGGUACGGCACCAUGUACGGGCCGCUCAUCAUUUUCACCGGACUGUCGACUGUGUUUGGCGGCUGGGGCUUACUGUGGAAGUGGGAGAAGUUGCUGCAGUUUGUCCGCAAGCAUCGCCAUACUCCUGGCGUAGCACAACUUCACGCUUUAUCCCAGAGACUUCGUGGGACGCCGAUGGCCGCGUCUUGA